AUGUUCGCCGUCCGUCAAGCGGCCGGAAAGGGCCUCGGCGUCUUCGCCCUGAAGCCCAUCCCCCGGGGCCGCAGGAUCCUCGCCGAAGAGGCCCUGCUCACCGUCCCCUCGUCGGACAGCGGCGGCUCCCUCCUCCGGCAGGCCCGGCUCCUCUCGGACGCCGGCCGGGCGUCGCUCCUCGCGCUGGCCCCGAACCCGGGCAAGUCGGGCGUGCUCAGCUGGCUCGAGUCUCUGUGGCGGAGCCGGUCCGCGCCGGCCCGCACGGCCGCCAACCACGCCGUCCUCAACAUCUUCCGCAACAACAACUUCGACAUCGGCGACCGGACCCGCGCCCUCUUCCCCCGCGUCGCCCGCCUCAACCACGCCUGCGUGCCCAACGCCCAGGGCAACUUCAACGCCGCCCUGCGCGCCUUCACCGUCCACGCCACCCGCGACAUCCGCGCCGACGAGGAGAUCACCAUCUCCUACCUCGACGAGCACCUCGGCCUCCGCGACGCCCGGCAGAGCGCCCUGCGCGAGGGCUACGGCUUCGCCUGCGGUUGCGCCGCGUGCGGUGGCGGUGGUAGUAGCGGCGGCGCGACUUUCGGCGACGGCGAGGCGCGGAGGGCCGAGAUCGGGCGCAGGCUGGAGCGCUUCGCCGAGGCCGGCUCGGCGGACCCGGCCGACGAGCUCGAGAUGAUGACGGCGCUUCUGGGCGCGUACGACGCCGAGGGGCUCCGCGGGCGGGAGGUGUCGACCAUGUGCAUCGCCGCCGCGCGCAAGGCGUUCGAGCUGGGCAGGGAGGCGGAGGGGAGGGAGCUGGCGCUCAAGGGGCUGCGGCUGGAGGAGGACGCCGUCGGGAGGGACAGCCCGUUCUACGCGGCGGCGAGGGAGGAGGUCUCGGGGCUCGGGGUCGAGGUUUGA